AUGCGCUCUUGUGUCCGAGCGGGGUCACGUGUCAAUAAUCCGAUGAUCCUCCGACAGGGUCACGUGGUGAGGAAGAUGAGGAGGAUGAAGAGUCUCCGCAGCAGCCCAAACCGGCGGAGGCGCCGAGGAGGAGCGGAGCGGCGAGGCCGAAGAGGGGCCCAGCGGGGGGCCAGGGGCCCAAACCGAGGGCCAGGUCCUCAUCCGCUGCCCCCAAACCAGCAGGAGCCAAACCCAGAACCGAGCCGGAGCGCCGCAGGGCCAGCAGCUCCGUCAGGCAGCCGGACCCCCGGGAAGGCGGGGUGUCCGGGUCUGAGGGAGCAGCGGGGCCCGGGGCCCCACGGGAGGCCCGACGGGAGGCCCGCGGUCCAGAGUCACAAGGCGUUCACCGUCAUCCCUCCAAACCCAAAGAAACGGAGAGAAAUACAGAAAAAGGCGGAGGCGGAGCUAGCCGCUCUGGAGGAGCUGCGCCUGAGCAGAGCCAUGGCCUACGUCUCCAUCAACCCCAGCAGCGUCGGUGAGACACCCGAACGCCUCGCAGGCGGUGAGGAAGCAGCUGAUGGAGGAAACGCCUGUCCUGACCAGGUGACUGCACUCAGCGCCUCCUACUGGCUGCAGCUGGUAGCUCAACUCCUGCUGAACACAAGGCAAAGAUUUCCAUCCAUCAGCUGAAAUAUUAGUUUGAAUCUUGAAAUGAUUCACCUGAACAUUUCUGAGUUCAAUUAUUACACAACAAACAACUUUCAACAGUGCAGCUGACGGUGGAACAUCCCUCAGCAUGAUGCUGCCACCACCAUACUCUGCCGUUGUUCAGGUUGUUUCCUGAUGGUGGAUGGAAACCUCUGAUAAGAACCAUUUUAAAAUCUUCUUUAAUCAGAAAAACCUACAACAGCUGGCGUGUUUAUCGCUCUGCAUAGAUUAUAUUUUGUAUAAAUAUGUAUUUUGUGUUUGUAUAUAAAUUCAUGUUAUAGAGGAAAUAAAGUUUGA